CCGAGGCGCUCUGCAACAUUUGGUUCCUUUUCCAGAAAGAUGAAAAAGGGGAGGGGCCGCCUCCUCUUACUGACAGUUUACAUAAUGAGCUGCGAGAGCAAGAGGCAACUAUAUAAACAGCGCGGAGGGAAGCGAAGUUCCCAUUUGCCCAGCGAGCGCUGCUAGCCCCGCCAGAGGAGCCGCCCAGCGCCAAAUCCACCCCCUCGAGUAUCUCUUCCCACUGGCUUUGGAGUUUACAAGGGCGGUCGCAGCAACAGUUUGCCCGACGGGGACCGGAUUUAUCCCUGCAAGCGGAUGGUUUCCACCCCCUGGAUUAUACCUGCCCGUUCGCACUGGGGAAUAUUUGCCACCGCCGGAGAGGACUACUCGACGUGAACGCGCGCGCCGAUUUCGGCAGCUGCAGCCAGAAGAAGCCGGAGGGAGACCAGCGCGGCCGAGACGCCCGUCCCGGGAAGAGUUCGGAGCCUCCUCCAGCCCCCCAAGCAGCACGAUGGCCGCCUUGCCCCGCUUGGGCUUGACGUUUGCCUUGACGGUGCUUCUGCAGAGGGCGUGGGGCUCGGGUGUCUUCCAGCUGGAGCUGCACGAGUUCGCGAACGCCCCGCGCGCCCUGGCCAGCGGGGAGCCCUGCGCGGCAGGCGGCGGCGGCGGCGGCUGCAGGACCUUCUUCCGCGUGUGCCUGAAGCACUUCCAGGCGGUGAUCUCCUCGGGGGACUGCACCUUCGGCAGCGUCGUCACCCCCGUGCUGGGUGUCGACUCCUUCGCCAUCAAGGAGACCGCCGGCGCGGGCAGCCCCCUCAAGCUGCCUUUCAACUUCACCUGGACGGGAACGUUCUCAUUGAUCAUUGAAGCCUGGCACGCUCCUGAAGGUUACCUUCCAGCAGGUUCCGAGCCGCCCGCCAAGAAGUGGCUCAUCAGCGAGAUGGCGGUGCAGCGGUCGCUGGCCGUGGGCGAGGACUGGUUCCGGGACGAGCAGAGCAGCCAGGGGGCCCGGCUGAGUUACUCCUACCGCGUGGUGUGCAAUGAGCAUUACUACGGAGACAACUGCUCCCGCCUCUGCAAGGGCCGCGACGACCGCUUCGGCCACUACUUCUGUGAAUCGGACGGGAGCGUCGCCUGCAUGACAGGCUGGACCGGGAACUACUGCACCGAAGCUAUCUGUUUAUCUGGGUGUACAGUGAAAAGUGGAUUUUGCAGAAAUCCAGAAGAGUGCAUUUGUCGCAGUGGUUGGCGAGGCCGUUAUUGCGAUGAAUGUGUUCCUCAUGCGGGUUGCCGCCAUGGGACCUGUAAGAAACCAGGGGACUGCAUAUGUGAUGAAGGCUGGGGAGGCCUCUUCUGUGACCAAGAUCUGAACUACUGCACCCAUCAUAAACCCUGCAAAAAUGGAGCCACUUGUAUGAACACUGGCCAAGGUAGUUAUACGUGUUCCUGCAAAGAGGGCUUCGCUGGUAUUGACUGUGAACGGAAUAUCAGUGAAUGUGACAGUAACCCCUGCAAGAAUGGGGGAACCUGCAUGGAUUUGGGAAAAGAUUACAAAUGUACAUGUCCGCCAGGAUAUGAUGGUGUUAACUGUGAACACAGUGCCUUAACUUGUGCUGAUUCUCCAUGUUUUAAUGGUGGCACAUGCCUGGGAAAAGAAAAAGGAACCAGCUAUGCUUGCCUUUGCCCUAUGGGCUUUACAGGAUCCAAUUGUGAAAAAAAAGAAGACAGGUGUUCUAAUAAUCCUUGUUCUAAUGGUGGGCAGUGCUUUCUUUUGGGGCUCAUACGUGUGUGUCGUUGCCGUCCUGGAUUCUAUGGACAGAAAUGUGAGAUAAACUUCAGCAAGUGUUCCAGAAAUCCAUGUUCCAAUGGAGGGACUUGUCAUGACCUUGCGACUACACAUGAUUACACAUGUACUUGCAUGCCAGGUUACACUGGCAGGAACUGUGAUAUCAGAACUACAGAUGUGUGUGCCUCUGGGCCAUGCCAGAAUGGGGGAACAUGCUAUUUUGGGCUUUAUGCUACCAGUUUCGCCUGCCACUGCCCUCCUGACUUCAUGGGCACCCACUGUGAAUUUCCAGCAUAUCCACUGAUUGAUUCAGAGCUUCCUAAACCAGUUCCAUGGUUGGCUAUAUCCAUGGGAGUUGGGCUAGUCGCCGUUGUCAUAUUGUGUUGCAUGAUAGCUAUAGUUAUCCGGCAGAUGCAGAGGCACCCAGAGCAGAAUUCAGAGGCAAUGAACAAUUUGUCAGACUUCCAAAAGGAAAAUCUCAUUCCAGCUUCUCAGCUAAAAAACACAAAUAAAAACAAAGACCUUGAAGUAGACUGUGUACUGGAGAAAUCAAACUACAAACUUAAGAAUCACACAUUGGAUUAUAACCUGGUGAAGGAACUGACAAGCAGAGGAACUCAGGAAGAUAAAUACCAUAAAAGUGAAAAGUGUAUAGGAGAGAAAUCACCCUUCUGGUUACGCAGUGAAAAGCCAGAAUGCAGAAUAUCAACAAUAUGCUCACCAAGGGAUUCCAUGUACCAGUCUGUCUUUAUGAUAACAGAGGAGCGAAAUGAGUGUGUUAUAGCCACAGAGCUAUAAGAAUGAAGGCAGUUCUGUUUGCACCUCAGACUCGGAGAUGCCACAAGGUGGAUAUUCCCGCUACAUUGUUUACAAUUCAGAAUUGGAUUGGACUUGGAUUUUUUAAUUAUAUGCAAUUUGCUGCUCUCAGGAGGAGACGGAAAGGAUGGAAGUGGGUGAACUGGACAGUGAAUUUAUUAAAAGAUGCAAUAGCCCUUUUUGUUCCUUUCCCUUGUUUUGAAGUCUUAUACAAGGAAUGCAACUGACUACGAGGAGGAGACAAACAAAAAUGACAUCUUUUACUAGGCUUUGAAAAUACAUUGCUGCCAGUUGCUCAUGAACUGUUGUGAGAGUUUCCAGGAAUCCAAUCUUGGGAGGUGCCAGCAGGUGCAAAAGGCAUUCAGUUAUCACAAUACCUUGAGAAGAAUGAAUUAAUAAAGGAGCAAAUAGUGCUUUGCAGAUAAUGGAUACAAAUUGAAUUAGCUAAUUUUCUCUUCUGGAUUUGAAAAGUGCCUAAAACUUGUCUAAGAAUCUGGAGAGCCCAAAUAAAGACAGACCUCCCCACAACCUUUCUGCAGAACCCAAAGCAGUGUUGGUCAAGAGAUAAACCUCCUCUUGCUCAUCUGUUUCACAUCCCUUUUGCCCUUUCGUGUGUCCCAGGCAAUGGGGGAGCAGAUAGGAUGAUGGGUCUAGAAGUGGCAUUUUAUCUCAUGUAAUGUUACUUCAGUGAACCAAGCAGUAAAAUUAUGGAUUUGGUCCAUUUUCUCAGCCACAUCCAUGAAAUGAAAAUGAAUGUUGCCUCCUUCUCCUCAGUGUGAGGAUAUUUAAGCCCGUGCUUACUGAAAGCCUUAGAAGUGCAUAUAAAAUCUAUCCGUUCUUUUUAUACCCUUUUUACUUCCAGUCACCAUAAACAGAAGUGUGUUUCUUCUCAAUCAUACACAUUGUGAAGGAAUUUGGAUUUUGUGUUAGAUAUCUGAAUCUGCUUUCAUCCCAGCUAAUCUCAAAGCCCAAACAGUCUGUUGUCACUGCCAGGGAAGCAGUUAUUUACUACCUCUGGCCUGCUGCAGAACCAUUACCACCGCCACUAUCUACAGUUUGCAGCCCUUUCCCCAAAGGUGUAACAGAAAUACAGCAACCGAGGUGACUUCUGGAGGGACAUACCAUGGGCAAAUCUUAAAUCUUUUGGUCUCUCUAGCUUUGUCAUUCACAUUGCUGCAAGGAAAGGGAUAAAGUUAAAAUUUUUGAGUCCAAAGGAAAAGUUCACGCAGACUAAUAUAUACAUUUACAGCAAUAAUAAUAGACAUUUCAGAUAGGAAGUGCUGUGAUGUUUGUAGUGAUAAACAAAUACUGUGGGAAAGAGAACACGGCGGAAGCAGAGAGAGGAAGCGAAUUCUCGUUCAAGGAAGCUGUGAUUGUGCUUUCUGUGGUGGAAGAGUUCCUGACCUUGUAAAUCUCAGUGUUAGAUUAGUCCACCUACAGUCUUGAAUUGUGCAAGGAAAUCUUGCUGGAAUGUUCACUACUGACCUUCUGUUCUGGCCAUUAUGAAGAUGACCUUCAGAAAUCAAUAAUAUGGUUUAUAUUAGUGUCUGUAGUUUAUUUUGAAGCCUAGUAUUUCAGUAAUUUAAAGAAAAUCAGAAGCACUGAACUUUCUACAUUUUGUAACAUUAUUUUGUAUAUAAUGUAUAUUUAUAAUCAAAAACAGAAGUGUAAAUAUGUUUA